GGCCAAGCCUUAACUGAUGCAAAAAUCACACUGUAAUGCUGACUUUGAGGCUACUACAUCAGGGUUUGUUGAUACUGGGAAUUGAACCCUUAUCUCCCAGGGGAAAGGGCAAGGUUUGGUGUGUUGGGCCAGGGAGCUGGCAUGAUGGUGGCUGUCAUGUGUGAGUUAAGAGCUGGUUGCUCCAUGGAUUGCACCACAUGGUCUGGUCUUUCCUGCCUACAAACCAGGUGUGACAUACCAAUAGUGAUUACUGUGAACAGAACAGAACAAAGAAGAACAGGAGAGAGAACAGAAGAAACUUCCGAGAAUCAAGGCUCAGGAGAGUGAAGAAUGUAGAGAGGAUGAAAGGAGCAUUGAAGCUCAUAUCAAUGAAAUGUCUACAGAGAUGCUUAAGCUUCUGUGGGAGAUGAAGGAGCAAUUCCUUGUAGAAGCUGAUCGCAGAAUGGUCACAGAGCUGGAUCGAAUGGCAACGAAGACGGUUCAAAGAGCAUCUAUGUGUGACCUAAAGGACUCCUGCCAGAGGGCAAUCAAUGCCUGCCUGGAUGAUUCAGUAAGACGAGGACUCAUUAGGGAUGCAGCAAUUCUACUGCUGCCUUCCAUUUUCAGAGAGGACUCAUCCUUUCUAUACACUCUACUGGAGGAGCCAAGCGUGCCUACUCCAGCAAUCAUGCUCCAUAACACACACGAGGGGAACCCUUUGCAGGCACAAAGGAUAACCCUAUACCUGGAUGGUAUACAGGUUUUGACUGAGGACAGCAGCAUGGACAUAUCAUAUGCUAUGAGUGCAUUAAUGUCACUCUAUUUUGUUUUUGCUGUCCAGUACCCAAAGGAACUGAGAAAAACUCUUAUUUUCAUUGAAAGAUUUGUGUUUGGGAUCAAGGACCACAGUGUUGUACCCAUUUCAGUGAAGAGACUAUACAACUGUGUCGGAAGUGGGGAGUAGUGAGUAGAUGUGUUGCAGCAUGGGAUUUCAUGCUUUAUGUUCUUGUUAAUGGUCAAAUUCCUGCUGCUGCCGUUUGUUUGUACAUAUUGAUUAAAAAAAUAUCCCUUAUUUAAUACAUAUUUUGGACCAAUACAUUUUGUUUGAUUUUGGCAUAGUGAUGUCUCUAGAUUUCCAUUAUUGUUACAAUACGUAACAUUUUGAGUACUUAUUACAUAACACUGAAAAGUAUUUCAACAUUAUUUAAAUCAAUGUGAAAACUUUGUGGGAUUCCCUCACUUUCUCAUGAUUCUGUUCCACUGUCACAAUUAGUACAUACAGUAUGUACACUGAUUCUUUUCAUUGGACCAUGCAUUAUUUUAUUGUUUGUAGAUAGCUUACAAUAAGGCACAGUAAAUGCAGUAAGUGCACCUUGGAUUGAUUGAACUAAAACUAUUUUGUGUCUCUUUCUGCCAUGUCACCAUUGCUGGAGAUUUAUUUACACAAAUUCACCUACUGAGGACAGCAUGAUGUGUCUGGCCUGUCAUGUUGCUGAUUCCACUGGACCUAUGCUGACUUUUGACCUGUUCUCCCCUGGGACCUACACAGCCUCUCCUGUUUUGUUGGACUAUCUUUAAAUAAAUGUUUUUCUCA